AUGUCGGGAUGGACAAAGCCGCAGCCAUAUACCGUUGCCCGUUUGAUAUCAAACAGCUCGGUUUGGGUCCUUCCUCCUGCUUCGACCAGAAUCCUGGGCUACGUGGUCACCCUCGUGUGCAUCAUGCUUGCGGCUAUCCUAGCCGUUUCGUUAGUUUUCCUGAUGGCCGUUAAUCGCCACUGGACGCGUCCCGUAUCGACGGACCAACUUCCUUACUGCCGAAAAUUAGCUGUGCAGCUCAAGAAGCGCAUUCGGUGUGCCGCUAACAUUCAUCUGCCCGAUAGCAUGGUGAUCCUGCUGCAUACGGUGAUCGGCAUAGCGAGUUUCAUCGUCUACUAUCAUAGCUGGAUGAUCGUCAACGCUCUGAUGCCUUCUGCAUGGGAUGCAUUGUCGUCUACUACAACGUCUGGCCAAUUUCCCUCCGCCAGUCAAUGGUUAAGCAACACCGGGAGUAGCAACACCGGAACUGGAAGUAACAGCACUGGGAGCAGCAGCACCGGAAGUGGCAACUGGUCGUAUUGGCGCGUUGUUGCUACAACGGGGAACUGCACUAAACCCGGAACAAUCUGCAAUCGGAAGAACUGCGAGCGAACACUAGCGGCAAUUCCAAACUGCUGGCCAGCUCCACCCCGUCCUUCUCACCGGCCGUCAGCUGGGCGUUCUUGGUGUGGUGUGGAGUGCUGUCCGGCGUCAGUGCGCUGUUGCAUUGGGGUGUCCGUGCCUGCUGCAAAAAAUUCCGUCGAUCUGUCUCAGCUGAGCGAAGCAGGAAGACUGGCUACAAGUGAGCUUUCUGUAUGGAAUUUUGAAACAUUGAGUCAGAAAGCAGUACCAGGUGUAGACUGCUUCUUCACGGGUCUACGAGCAGAAUCGCCGUUGAGAGCGUCUCUGCUGAAUGACGAACCUGCAGCUGGGUUGUUGGACGAACCUGCCUUGAUUCUCAGUCAUUCUUUCUGUUACAACAGGUUCUUCGGUUAUUUUUGGAGUCGACUCCAUGGAACGAUCUCUUCCCCUUCGUUAAGCAUGAAUUACUGGCACCUUCGCUGCGAACGCACACGAGCGUACACUGGGCCUUUGGAUGGAGGUGUGAAGCACACUGCCAGUCUCAGCAAAGGAAACUAACGGAUUUCAUUGCCCAUUUGAUGGACUGGAGUCGACUCCGGAACCGACACAGACUUUUUGUGGUUUAAUUUCUGGCUUUUGCAUUAUAUUCUUCCUAUUUAAAUUUCUGUAUUUUAAAACAGCAAGUGCAGCACUCAGACGAUAGUUUGAUGUUUAUUUGUGGGUUUUUUUCUGUAAUUUCAGUGUUAUUUUUUGUGCGUUGAAUAGAAGUAUGUGCAAAAUUACGAGUAAUGUGCGGCAAAAGUUGCAAUAAAGCUUCUGACAAC